CGUGGCUAUUUCGCGUUCGCGCGUUUUCUUGGGGAACGGCUAUGGCAGGUGCUCUGCAGCUAGGAGGCCAGUGUCCGCUGUGCAGGGAAACGGGAAGAGAUGGAAAACUGGAGCUGAGACAAAUAAAUGCAUGCGAAGCGCUCUGGAUCUGCGGAAAUAUGAAGUGUCCGUAUCCACUGUAUUUGGACGUUCUGACGGUCUCCAGCAUCGUUCCUGAACUGCUGCCACCAGACAGUGGCUCCAUACAAUCUCAGACAGCUACUGGGGACCACUCUGGGCAAAACAUGACCACAGGGAACCGUUGCGGGCGAAAUGUGGCCGCCAGUGCUGACCAAAGUGACGAGAUGGCCGCAGCAGCUUCCAGUCCUAACAACAGUCAGGACACAGGACCUAACUUUGGAAAACUCAGCUACCAACAUAAUAGCCUCAGAUUUGGGAAUAAUUCGACUUACAGCCCCGUUCCUGGGGGCACCUUUUCUGGUCAAGAAUGGACGACGCAGAUGUAUCCUUCCCCCUCAUUUAGUGCUCAUCCAACAAACACUGCUUUUGGUUUAACCCCAUUGGAACCGGGUAAUGUUCUGGACGAACUGAGUGCGAUGUUCAAAGAUAAGACUUCUUGAAUCUUUACCCACUCACUUCUCUGAUCAGCCGAAAGACUUUUGGUAAACACAACAGAUUUAUCUGUAUUCAUUUUUGUGUGAUUGUCAAUUGACACAUGAGAUUUUUAAGAGAAAGGACACCUCGUUAAUUUAUAUUGCGGAACAAGGCAAAUUUGAUGAAUAUUAUGCUGCUGUGUGGGUAACCAUUGGGAUAUAAUACAAAAUGGUUGAGAGAGAGGAUCAUGUGAUGUUCACAAGGCAAUCAUGUGAUAUUUACAAGGCAAUCAUGUGAUGUUCACAAGGCAAUCAUGUGGUGUGACAGUUUCAGUCGUCCCAACUUUCCCAGUCGGAGGACUCACUACCCUCUCUUUCCUCCGCCCUUCUCUUCUUCUUCCGCCCCUCCUCCCCACCUGUUUCUUUCUUCACAGGAGUCACAGUCUGUCGCAAAUCUCCCCCCUCACUGGACUCCCCACUCCCCCCACCCUCCUCCUC